UUCAAAAAAUCGACAAUUAUAAAUCAAUAUUUGGAAAAUCGAUCGACUAAUCGACCGCAUACUUUUCCUGCCUCGAAGUGAUUUUGUAGUGCUAAUAUCGCAGUGUUUGUCAAUUUGCUCUAAUUCUCUAGUGUUUAUUUAUUUAUUGUGUUAUAUAUGAACAAGUGCGGUGUUUUUCUUGGAUUUGAAUUUGGAAGUCUUGGAUUUUGAUAACUAUGGAUAAAUUGCGUGCGUAAUCUUAGUGAUAUUAUUUGAUGUAGUGUUAUUGUGACUUGGAGCUACUGUUCGAUUGGUGGAUUUACAGGGUGGAUUGAACGUAAAAAGCGUUGCACGGCUACCGCGCCGGCGAGUAUUAUAUCGAGGGUUUCCACCAAUAGCCGCAACGAACGCUAUCAACGUGGAUAGACGUUGUUCGACGCGCGCGCGGCGCGGUUGGCGUUCCGCGAGGGAUGGAGAUAUAAAAUUACUGAUUAAGUGGUACUGCCACGGCUGGAGAGUUAUCGGGAAAUUCAAGACGUAAAUUCUAUCAGUCUCCAUAAAUACGUAACGAUUAAAUUACCACAAGUUCAACUUAAUGAGGUAUUACACAAUAAAUAAAAAAGAAAAAAUGGCAGAAAAUAUCUUUAAUAGUGAUAGUAAAGAUUCUAGUGAUGAAAAAGAAGUGUGUGCAAAAUCAGGUGAUAGUGAACAACAUAGAAGUGAAGUGAUAGUGAAGUUGGAAGAUGAUGGUGAAGAAGAAGUGAAAACUGUCAGGGAAAACAGAUUGACGAGUAUUAUCGACCAACUGAGGUGCCAGAGUAAACUGAAAGGGAGCCAACGAGACGGUUUCGGCUUUUCUGCUAAUAACGGUGAAGGCGGCGGCGGAGGCGGCGGCGCGCGGCGCUGCGUGCGCGAUGCGGGCUCCCCCGCGCACGCGCCCGCGCCCGCGCCCGCCCCCGCGCCUGCGCCCGCUGCGCCGCACGUCAAAAGCGAGCGGCUUAGCCCGCACGACUCCACCGCCUCCAGAUCCCGCAGCGUGACGCCAUCGACGUCGUCGUACCCGGGCACGCCGCCGGAGCGCGGCAGCCCGCACGCCCUGCCGCCCCCCGCGCCGCACCCGCCGCGCAACUACUCCGACAUCAUGCGCUCGCUCGCCGCGCGCUACAACGCGCACCCUGCUAAUGACUACUUCCACCGCAUGAACGGCUUCGCCGCGGAGUCCCGCGCGCCACCGUCGCCGGCGCAGGUGCCUGUCGACACGGCGGACGCCCCACUCGGCGGGCUGUUCACCAAGCUGGCGAGACAGCAGGGCGGCCCACCUCGGCUGCCGGCCUUCCCUGUCAUGCUGGAUAUGAGCUCCACUAAGACACUGCUGGCGAUAUCCCGAGUGGGUCGCGGCGGGCGCUCGCGUCGCAAGCGCACCGGCGCAGCACCCGAGCACUCGCCACUGGAUCUGUCAGCCGCGGGCGAGAGCGCCGCCAAACGAGCUCGACUCUCCGCUAGCCCCAGCACUAGGAGCGACAGUGACGACCGCGAUGGAGGCUCCAGUGAAGAUCGCAGCAGCGAGUGCCUGUGCGCAGAAGCACGGGCACGGCUGUCCGCGUGGUCAGUCGACGACGUGUGUGAUUUCGUCAGCUCCAUUGACAUCUGUGCAGAAUACGCCUUGAAUUUCCGCGAACAAAGAAUCGACGGAGCCGGCCUUCCUCUGUUGACAGAGGACCACCUAACAGGGAUGCUGCAGAUGAAGCUUGGGCCAGCCCUGAAGCUCAAGGCGGUACUUUCCAGGCGGUUAGAGCCUUGCGCCCAUUGCCAGGCCGCGGCGCCCCUAGUAGCGCCCCAGAACAACAACAUAGCGCCCCGCAUCAACGGUAGCGCCCUCAAAUCAGAGCCUCGUAGUAACACCACCAGCCCCAGUUAGAACGAACUAUUACCCCCAUUUUACUUUUAAAUCCGAUUGUGUUUUGUUUCUGCUUUUCAAUAGCUCAGCGGUACAGAGAAUAAUGAUGGUACGAAGACUUUUACAGUAUGAAAUAACAUUAUAUUUAAUAGUGGUCCUACUGGAUUUUUGUCGAGUAUUUUCCAUAUAUGACUAUUACGUCUAUGGCGGACGAUCAGUGGCGUUAUUCAACGUGAAAAGUCUAGAAUAUUUUAAUAAUACUAAAACUUACCAACUUGUAAAACUUCGUAUUCUCUGUAACGCGGAACUAUUCGUGUACUAAUUAAUCAAAGCAGAAAGCAAUGAAGGUGAUAUUGCGUAUCUUCCUAUAAUUAUAACUGAGUUCGUGAAAGUCUUAUAAUGUUCAUAAUAAUUCUAGUUGUUUUCUUACUACUUAGUCAAUGUCCAGUUCGUCUUCCUGUCUAAUAGAUUUUGCAUUUAGUUAUUACGUAAGACACUUUAGGGUAUUUCAUAGUAAUUUUUUUAAGUUUCUUUUUUUGAUGUAAAUAUUAUGUCAUUGCCGUCCAAAUGUUAUAAGAGUUAAUAUUUAGUAGUUUCCAAGUGACCCCGAUCAUGUUACUGAAGAUUUUUAAUUAAUAGUGAAGAUGGAAUAUAUCGGUACAUAUUUUAUCAAAACGCAGAUUUUAAUCAAUUUUGUAGAUAUAUUUUUUAAAUUAACUAGAUAUUUUAAUCCAUAUUAACUUAUAUUAAAGUUCCCAAAAACGUAUUUUUGUUAUAUAAAAGACAUCAACGCGUACUAUUUUGCAUUUGGUUAUUUUUUCGUUAUUAAUUUUAAAUCCAGACAAAUGAAACCUUGCCGUGAAAUGUUUUUUUUUUUUUAAAUAAAUCUUUAGUGACGUGAUCGUGGUUUCAAUGCGCUAUACACAAUCACGUUCGUUCAUAGGUAUAAAUUGGAAGGGAUGUAUAUUUCUUCAAACCGUCUAGUAUUGUGUCGAGUAGAGCUUAUAUACAAUAAACAUAAUGUUCAAUAUUGCAAAAACCACGCUUGAAAACAGAGCUUGUCUCUCAUAUUUGACGUUUCUAUACAGGAAUGAACACGAAUAAAGUAUUUCUUUGUAUAAAGUAGAUAUAAUAAAAAUACGAUUUCAGAAGCGUUUUUCAAAGUGUAUAGUAAAAAUUUUAGACAAAAAUAUAUAAUUUCGGUGCUAAAGACCCUGAGGGAAUUUAUUCGGUGGUAAAAAAAUUGUUUGUAAAUAAAGGAAGCCGGUAUGUAAAAAGAAAUACGUAAUAUUUUGAGGCUACGUGUAUACAUAAAGCAUACAGGGUCACAAAGUUUAAAACUUGUAUAUACAGUAUAUACAUAGUUAUAUAGAUGUAUAAUGUCACUUAUAUACAUAGCAUUUAUAUGUACCACACCUGAAUAAAGCUCAUAUACCAACUACAGUAAAGUAUAGAGUAAAAUAAUUAGUUUUAUGGAAUAUUUGUGUAAAAUAAAUGUUUUAUUAUACAAACAGCAUAAUAUACAAUGUAAAUAAGACCCCUAUUCCUUGUUAUGUCAAUUUUAGAUAGCAUACAGUGGUUUUACCUGUGUUAUCUCCUUAAUUGCCAAAAUAGACGUUAUGACAUAUCUGUAGGCAGCAAAGUAUGGCUAGAUAUUUGUGGGUUGAAAUACCUUUUAAUACUUGGGAACUAUUUAUUAUUGCUAGUUUUUUGUACUACAAAACUCAGUACUUUUAUAGCCCUCUUCUCGUCAAGAUAAGGACUAUGCAUCCAAACAACUGCCAGUUGGCUGCUAACUCAACCUUAUAGCAAAUUAAAAAUGUAUAAUAUAUAUAUACAUAUUUGUUGAUAUAUACAUAUAUAUACAUAUAUACAUAGAGGAUGCAAACAGUUUCUCAAUAGUAAUAACUCAUGGUUUUUAGGUAUUAAAGGUAAAUAAAUCCAUAACUAUACAAUCCUCAGGUUUAUCAGUAUAGCUGUAAUACAAAAUGAAGGUGCUACAUAAAUGAUUAUUUAACUGAUGCUUCACGUGCCUUACCACGUCUUCCUUUACAAAUAUUUAGUGAAAUAUAAAUAAAAAAAUAAAAUAUAAUAUUUUUCGAAAAAGUAUUACGGUUCUACGCUUUAAAUCGGACGAUAAUAAAACAAUAAUAAUACUUAAUGUAUAGUUUAUAAUUUUAUUACGAAUUUGUUAGGUGAUUUUAUUUUUAAGCGUCAUCCAUUGACCUAUUAAUACUAUAGAACACAUAAAUGCUGACAUUGAUAGAAUUUUCUGGACGUAUGGUACGUAUAUGUUUCUUACAAGAACAGGAAAUAUUUUCCCAGAUUUUAUACAGGGAAGAUAAUGUAACCAAGUAAGUAUGUAGUCGUUACGUUAUGGCUCACCAUAUCAGUAGCUUUGAGCGGUUUAACAGAAACCCUGGCACCAACCUGGGUUAAUGAGGCCGCUCAUUGACCUCAUAACCCACACAAGUGAAGAAUAAAAGUACCACUUUAUGUUCUUAAAAAAAAAUUGAUACGUAAUCCGUUAAACAUGGGCAGGCCAGCGUAACAUGAAAUACCAUAACAACCCCUGUAAUAACUUAAAAGUUUAAAAAUAAGUUACAUUUUCAAAUCUGUAUUAUAUAUUUUACAUGUUGUGUAUUUAAAAAGGCAGUCUCUUUUAUAGCUAAGGAAUAAUAUGUACGAUGGACCAGUGACUUACAAACCGUGUAAAAUGUCUAUAGUUAUAUUGUGUGUCAAUUGUUUGUGUAUUUGAUAUCCGUUAGUUUUGGGACAAGUCGAAAUGAAAAACAGAAUAAUUAAGUAUAUACUAAGUCAAUAUUUAAAAAGAACAAAUACCUUAAAAAUACUGAAAGAGCGUGUUAAGCUUUACGCCACGUAAUAUAUAAAGUAUAUAUACCAUUUAAUAUCAUUCAUCUUACAGACUAUUAAUAGAGGUAACCUAUAGUAUGACACAAGAUUCUAAUUUCAUAAGUAACAAAUCGGUAUCUAGUAAACAUCUUCGACACUUUGUCAUACUGUAAAUUACUUACUAUUAAGUUACUAAAAAUGAUUUACACAUGAACGCUGAAGUAAUAACGAUGAUUAUAGCCGAAUGGCUAAUAUAUUAAUACCACUAUACUAUUACUAUAACAGUGCAACUAUUAUAGUGCAUACAUACAUACAUAAACAGCGUAUAUACGUCCCACUGCUGGGCACAGGCCUCCCUUCAAUCAACCGGAGGGGGUAUGGAGCAUACUCCACCACGCUGCUCUACUGCAGGUUGGUGGAGGUGUUUUUACGGCUUAUAGCCGGAUCCAACGGCUUAACGUGCCCUCCGAAGCACGGAAUUAUAUUACUUUUUCGGACAAUCAGGUGAUUCAAGCCUGAAAACUCCUUACUAAACAAAGGACAGUCUCACAAUCGAUCAUUUGCUCUGAGGUUGUGAAUUAUUACUACUUGGAACAGGCCUUCAACAAUAAUGAUAAGGAGUAUCCUGUUGUUCUAUAGGAUAAGGGCAAAAAAAAGAUGUGUGAAGGAUCACGCAUUUCAAAAUUCAUGUCAUAAUCUACCAAAAUCAAACAAUAAAAUAUACUUGAUUCGAUGUCAAAGUAUCCCAUAUUCGACUUGUCCGAACAAGACUUGAAGUAAUUGUUAUAUUUAGUGUAUAAUUGUGUAUAACAAGGUCAUAGUCACUUAGUUAAUUCCGUAUGAACAUUGUACUUAGAAUGAAUAGCUUACUACUAAGUUCGAUCCAACUUAAAUAUUUAUGUGGAAAGAAUAAAAGCGACGAUUUAUUUGAAACAA